GCACCUUGAGAUCCUCCCCCCAGAGUUCGGUUGGAGUCACUCUAUAAAUGUCCCCGGGAGUUUCCGAAAUCCACACUCGGUGACUUCAACUGAACAAUGGUUAACAUGAGCUAUCGCCAAUCUCUACAAAAACACACGCAGACCCUGAAUCCGAAACAGCCGAGGAAAAGAAAUAAUAAAAAGAAAAGGAAUCAUUGGGACAAUAUACCGCCAACAACUCACAUUCAAACUUGAUUGUCAAGAGACACUUUUGAGGUCUGGUGUGCUAGGUGUGGGAGCAUAUCGUGUUGUGUCUGUGGAUAGCGACUGAUUGGUGCGAUGACUGCGGAGUGGCUGUGCCCCCCUGGCGUGGGGCCGCUGUGUGGUGCAGAGUUGGAGGCGUGGUAUGAAGACCUACAGGAUAUACUGGGCUCCGACGCGGGCGGGGCCAAAGUCACGAGAGCCCCGCCUUGCUCCGAGAAGGAGCCCGAGUUUCUGGAUGUGUUGGAGAGCUGCUCGCUCACCUGGUUGACGGAGGGGCAGGUUUGGGGCGACGGGGUGCAACGGGUCACCGAUGAACCGCCCGUCGUCCAGUCGCCAUCGCGAAAGGAUGACCGGAGAGGCGGCGGCGGCGGCGACUCGGAGCACACCUCAUCCGGAGGAGACCUGCUUCCGCCAGAGUUCUUCGAGCUCCUCAGCGAGGGCGGCGUCGGGUCGGUGGAGACGAUGGUGACCGCCGGGUACCACGUUUCGCAUCACGCGCCUCCGUCGCCAUCCGCGAGCGAGGAGGAGCUCCCGACGGUCCCAGACACAUCGUCAUCCUGCUCCUCGGCGUCCUGCUCGCCCUUCCUCAAUCGCUCCCCGCCGCCGUCCCCUCCUGCGCGACCGGGAAAGAGAAAGCGGGCCGGCGACAAAGGAGGAGGCGUGCUGUGCUCCCCGUCCCCCGGGAAGAAGAGCCGACGGGAGCGCGAGCAUGAGAACGAGAGGAAGGUGCAGGAGCUGACGGAUCAGAACGAGCGGCUCAAAGCAGAGAUCGAGCGGCUGGGAGAGGAGGUGCAGCGGACGCGCCGGGCACUCAUCGAGAGACUCGUCAACACCAGGAGGUGAAGGAGCAACAGGAGGAGCCCAGGGGCCAAAGGGAAACAAACAAUUGGCGGAAACUCAUCUCGCGGUGACCGUGAAAUGCACAUGUAGAGGGAGAUAAAAGACACGUAGGACGGGGGGGAGAGAGAGGAGGUUCACUGAGCGACUCCCGCCGAGAGAGAAAGAGAAAGUCAAAUUAAGCCGUAGAAAAGAAAGAAUGUGGAGCCCAACGGAAACACGGACCGAACUCAGCCCGAAUGCAAAGUCAAGAAGAAAUUUGAUAAUUGAUGUUUUGUUUUUUUAUCAGUAUUUUAGUACAUUUAAAUCAGCGUGAUACAUUUAAAUGAACAUCCUUUAAAGGCAAAUGCUACGACGUGUGUUACAAUUUAACACAUUAUAUUACAAAUGAAUUGAAGAAUGAGCAAUA